UACGCAUCGCAAGUGCCGUCUUCUUCCUUAACUCCCAUGCCUCUCAUUACCUUCUUUCUUCGUUCUCGUUCUCUGUUGCUGGCUUCUUCUACGUUAGCUUCCGUCGGAGUUUGACCUUCACGUUCUCCAUCGGCUCUGGUUCUUCGUUGGUGAUCACAGUCUCACCGCACCAGGACGACACGAGGCUUUGAAACCAGCCCACCAUCUCACCAUCACUCAUUCAUCGUCCUUGUGCGCUCUUCUUGCCGGCCUUGGCCUGUUUGUUAAGCUCAGGCCUGUUUGUUGAACGGCUUCGCGUUGCCUUCGCGCUGCCGUCCUUGCUCCUGGCUCGUGGGACUUCCUUCCUCACUUCUCAGUUACAAACAGAACAGCUCAAGCUGUAAAUGGGGUCAUUGGAGAACACGGAAGUGCCGGACCAAAUUUUGGAGGAGUCGAAGGAGGCCAUAUUGUAUGUUAAUGGCAUUCGUAGGGUGUUGCCAGAUGGAUUGGCUCACUUGACCCUUCUUGAGUACCUUAGAGAUAUUGGUCUUACAGGAACUAAACUAGGCUGCGGUGAAGGUGGUUGUGGAGCUUGCACAGUUAUGGCUUCUCAAUAUGAUAGAAAUAUGAGGAAAUGUGUGCACUAUGCUAUCAAUGCUUGCAUAGCACCCUUAUAUUCUGUUGAAGGAAUGCAUGUGAUUACAGUUGAGGGAUUGGGAAACACCAAGGUUGGUUUGCAUCCUGUCCAGGAAUCACUAGCACGUGCUCAUGGUUCUCAAUGUGGAUUCUGUACGCCCGGCUUUGUUAUGUCCAUGUAUGCGUUAUUGAGGUCGAGUCAAACACCUCCUAGCCAACAGGAAAUUGAAGAAUGCCUUGCAGGAAACUUAUGUCGGUGCACUGGUUACAGACCAAUACUUGAUGCUUUCCAGGUCUUUGCUAAAACUGAUGAUAUGUUGUAUACUGGUGUUUCUUCAGAAAGUCUCUCUGAAGGUGGGUCUGUUUGCCCAUCAACUGGCAAACCCUGCACGUGUAAAUCAAACUUUGUCAAUGAUGUAGAUAAAGACAGAAAAUGCAUACUUAGUGACAAUAGACAUAGACCCACAUCUUAUAAUGAAAUAGAUGGGAGCAAAUAUACAGAAAAGGAGCUCAUCUUUCCACCUGAACUGAUGUUAAGGAAACUGACUUAUUUAAAUUUAAUUGGAUUUGGUGGGGUAAAAUGGUUUCGGCCACUGAAACUUCAACAUGUAUUGGAUUUAAAAGCCAAAUAUCCUGAUGCAAAGUUGUUAGUUGGUAAUACUGAGGUAGGAAUUGAGAUGAGACAGAAGAGAAUGCAGUAUCACGUUUUGAUUUCUGUAAUGCAUGUUCCAGAAUUGAAUGCUUUGAAUGUAAAGCAAGAUGGCCUAGAAAUAGGUGCUGCAGUAAGACUUUCUGAUCUCGUGAGUUUCUUCCGAAAGGUGAUAAUAGAGCGAGCUGCUCAUGAAACUGUGUCUUGUAAAGCCUUUGUUGAGCAACUGAAAUGGUUUGCUGGAACACAGAUAAGAAAUGUUGCAUCAGUUGGUGGGAAUAUUUGUACUGCUAGUCCAAUAUCAGACUUGAACCCUCUCUGGAUGGCAGCUGGAGCAAUGUUUCGUAUUGUUGAUUGCAAUGGGAACAUCAGGACCAUACAGGCAGAAAAUUUCUUCCUCAGUUAUCGUAAAGUUGAUUUGGAAAGUAGUGAAAUCUUGCUAUCAGUAUUCUUACCAUGGACUAGGGCCUUUGAGUUCGUGAAAGAAUUUAAACAGUCUCAUAGAAGAGAUGAUGAUAUUGCAAUUGUAAAUGCUGGCAUGCGUGUUCAUCUUCAAGAACAUGAUGCAAACUGGGUUGUUGUUGAUGCGUCAAUAGUUUAUGGUGGGGUGGCUCCCAUUUCUCUUUGUGCAACAAAAACUAAGAAAUUUCUCCUUGGAAAGAUAUGGGACCAAGAUCUGCUACAAACUGCAUUGAGAAUUCUACGAGAGGAUGUUUUUCUCAAGGCAGAUGCUCCUGGUGGAAUGGUUGAGUUCCGGAAAUCUCUGACGUUGAGCUUCUUCUUCAAAUUUUUUCUUUGGGUGUCUCAUCAAAUGGAGGGAGAGAAGCACGUUAAAGAGUGUGUACCUGUAUCACAUCUAUCUGCUGUGCUGUCAGUCCACCGUCCACCAGUUACUGGAUGUCAGGAGUAUGAAAUCAUGAAGCUUGGGACUGCUGUUGGUUCUCCUGAGGUUCACCUUUCAGCAAGAUUGCAGGUAACUGGUGAGGCUGAAUAUGCUGAUGAUACAAAAAUUCCUUCUAAUGGUCUGCAUGCAGCCCUAGUGUUGAGUAGAAAACCACAUGCUCGAAUACUUUCAAUUGAUGUUUCAGGGGCUGAGUCUUCACCAGGAUUUGUUGGUAUUUAUCUUGCAAAAGAUGUACCGGGUGUUAAUAAUAUUGGACCAGUCGUUGCUGAUGAGGAGCUUUUUGCUGAAAAAUAUGUCACUUGUGUGGGUCAGGUUAUGGGAGUAGUUGUUGCGGAUACUCAUGAAAAUGCAAAGCUAGCAGGGAGAAAAGUUCAUGUUGAGUAUGAAGAGCUCCCAGCCAUCUUGUCAAUACAAGAUGCAAUUAAUGCUAAAAGUUUUCAUCCUAAUACAGAGAGAUGUUUGAUAAAAGGUGAUGUAGAUCACUUGUUUCAGUCUGGUCAGUGUGACAAGAUAAUUGAAGGGGAGGUUCAUAUAGGAGGUCAAGAACACUUUUAUUUGGAGCCAAAUAGCACUGUUAUAUGGACACUGGAUGGUGGCAAUGAAAUUCAUAUGAUCUCAUCUACUCAAGCCCCACAGAAGCACCAGAAAUAUGUUUCACUUGUUCUUGGUCUUCCUAUGUCGAAGGUUGUUUGCAAAACAAAACGAAUUGGUGGUGGAUUUGGGGGAAAGGAGACUAGAUCAGCUUUCAUUGCUGCUGCAGCUGCAGUUCCGUCAUAUCUAUUAAAUCGUCCUGUGAAAAUCACAUUAGACCGAGAUAUAGACAUGAUGAUUACUGGGCAACGGCAUAGUUUUGUGGGGAAGUACAAGGUUGGAUUUACGAAUGAGGGGAAGGUGCUUGCACUAGAUCUGGAGAUCUAUAACAAUGGUGGAAAUUCGUUGGAUCUGUCUCUUCCGGUUCUUGAACGGGCUAUGUUUCAUUCAGAUAAUGUGUAUGAAAUACCAAACAUGAGAAUAGUUGGAAGGGUUUGCUUCACUAAUUUCCCUAGUCACACUGCUUUCCGUGGAUUUGGUGGUCCUCAAGGCAUGCUUAUUGCUGAAAAUUGGAUUCAAAGAAUUGCUAUGGAAGUCAAGAAGAGCCCAGAAGUGAUAAGAGAAAUAAAUUUUCAAGGUGAGGGAUCUGUGUUGCAUUAUGGCCAGCUGCUUCAACACUGUACAUUAGUCCAGCUAUGGAAUGAACUCAAGUUAUCCUGUAACUUUGCGAAGUUACGUGAAGAAGUUGACCUAUUCAAUGGUCAUAACCGGUGGAAAAAGCGUGGCAUUGCAAUGGUUCCAACCAAGUUUGGCAUAUCCUUUACAACAAAGUUUAUGAACCAGCCAUCAGCUUUCUCGACGUCAACAAAUAUUUCCAUAACUUCUUCCCCAUGCUUUGAGCUGAAAGCAGGCGCUCUCGUUCAUGUCUAUACUGAUGGAACUGUUUUAGUUACCCAUGGGGGAGUAGAAAUGGGGCAAGGCUUGCAUACAAAAGUUGCUCAGAUUGCUGCCUCAGCUUUCGGCAUCCCCCUUAGUUCUGUCUUUAUAUCAGAUACAAGCACUGAUAAGGUACCUAAUGCGACACCAACAGCAGCUUCUGCAAGUUCUGAUAUGUAUGGAGCAGCGGUUUUGGAUGCAUGUGAGAAAAUAAAGGCACGCAUGGAGCCUAUUGCUUCACGACAAACUUUUAAUUCUUUUGCUGAGCUGGCUAGUGCAUGCUAUGUAGAGCGAAUAGACCUUUCUGCCCAUGGAUUUUAUAUUACACCUGAUAUUGGAUUUGACUGGAAAAUUGGUAAAGGAAGUCCAUUUAGGUACUUCACUUAUGGAGCUGCAUUUGCUGAGGUGGAAAUUGAUACCUUGACUGGAGAUUUUCAUACAAGGGAAGCAAAUGUAAUUUUGGAUCUAGGGUACUCUUUGAACCCCGCCAUAGAUGUUGGACAGAUUGAAGGAGCUUUUGUUCAAGGUUUGGGUUGGGUAGCCCUAGAAGAACUUAAAUGGGGAGAUAGAGCCCAUAAAUGGAUUCCCCCCGGGUACCUUUGCACAUGUGGGCCUGGAACAUAUAAAAUUCCUUCCGUAAAUGAUGUUCCCUUGAAAUUUAAUGUCUCACUUCUUAAGGGUCAUCCAAAUGUCAAAGCCAUCCAUUCGUCUAAAGCUGUUGGCGAGCCUCCUUUUUUCCUAGCAUCAAGCGUAUUCUUCGCCAUCAAGGAUGCCAUUAGAGCUGCAAGAGCUGAAAUUGGGUAUAAUGAUUGGUUUCCUCUUGAUAAUCCAGCAACUCCUGAGAGGAUCCGAAUGGCUUGUUUGGAUGAAAUUACCUCUUUAUUUAUUAACUCUGAUUUCCAUCCCAAGCUUAGUGUUUGAUUUGCUUUCUUCGCAUGCCGUAUAAUUGACAAGUGAAUUCUCAUGCCAAGCCCCUUCAUAUCUAAAGUUGACACAAGAUUUUACGCCAAAGGGGUGAGAGAAGCUGCAUCAUGCCUAAAACCUGGGUCAAAAAAGACCUCCCUCACUGUACACACAAUCGGGAGAAUGACAAAUAAAAGACCUUUUAAGAAUUUUAACGUUACGUUAGGAUCUCUUCACAAUUAAAAUUCCCAAAUUCAGUAUUCCACCUCCCAUAUUUUAGUACUACAAUCUUUAUGAAAUCUUGAGCUGGCAUUAAACUUCUUAGAAGGUUCUUAGUUGUCAUUCUCUCCAUGGAAUCCAUUUCAUUUUUUGGGGUUAAUUGUUCCAAUGGCAGCUGCGCAAACUGGGUUUUUGGUCCCUCAAUUUUCUUCCCAAGUAUUUCGGUGUUGACUUCAUAGUAAAAUUAUGCCAUCUAUAUCUAUAUACGUUAGCAUAGCAUGUGCAUAUAUAUUAUAGAUCAAUAAACAGACAUUACAUGUUUUGUUUAUUUGAGUUAUCAAUAACUAGUUUGGACCUCUGUACUACAUGAAAUCGAAGAAUUAAGCUAAUAUUAUUCAUCUCUCAUA